AACCGUAUCCAAACCCCGAACCGGGUUGACUCAGUUCUCUCCUCUUUCCCCCAAACAAAAAAAAAAGUAAAUGCUAAAUUCCCCGAUUCCAGUCGAUAUCCCGCAGAAAUCUUAGGUUUUCGUUUCUCUAAUGGACGGAGAUCAUCCCGCUUCAGGUAACAAAAGAAGCUUCGAAGGCGAUGAAAAUGACAUCUCCCCCGCGUCAAAGAAGUGUUGCACUUGCACGAAAGUAUGUGAAGAAGGUGUUGCUGCUGCGAUGAUUGCGUCACUCACUGAAAGUCUUCAGAGCUGUAAAGAUGAGCUUGCUUCAUGUCAAAGGGAGCUUGAAUCAGCAAAAGCAGAGACUGAUAAGUGGAACUCAGCGUUUAAGAAAGAGUCCUUUGUUCCUGCUAGUAAAUCUCCUGAACCUGCAUUUGUGAUUGACUACAUCCAAACUCUAAGAUCUUCCGACAAGUCUUUGAAAGAAAAGUUGGAAAUUGCACAAAUGAAGUUAGCGAUCCGUGAUCUGAAAUCUCAACUCAAGCCAGCGUCAAUGAAGACAGAUGAGUACCCAGAAGUCGACAGCGAGCAUCAAGGAUCCACCCCCGCUGGUCCUUCACUAGGAGAAAUCCCUAAGGAUGAUGAGCAGGAGGAACCGGACAUCGAGUCUCUGAAAACGAUCAUUGAAGAUCAAUUUCGCAUGAUUCAGACACAGAAUAGUCACUUUCAAACACAAAGUAGUCAUAUUGAGACACUGAACAGUCAGAUUCAGACGCAGAACAGUCAGAUUCAAACGCAGAAUAGUCUGUUUCAGAGGUUUGAUGCUUUUUUUGACUACCUUGCUGCGAAGGAUCCACAGUUGGCAGCCCUUCGGAGCACCAACUUGAAUCCAAAGAACGAUCAGGCUGGAAGCGGGAACGAUCAGGCCGGAAAGAAUGACGCCAACACCGUGGAUACUUUUUCCUUGUAAACCUUUUCCUGGUCAAUAUUUGCAAACAGUUGAGGAAUCAGAAGUCGACGUCGAGCAGAGGCAGAACAUGAUGGCGCUACAAAGAUGCCCAAGCUUGUUCCUCCAGCAGUACCUGGGGAUGAUAAUUAGCCGAAGUAAUCUUAUACUAGAUCUUGACCCGUGCGCACGGAUAUUAAUUUUCUGUUUUAGUUUUUAUUUAUUUAUACUAAAUGAUGUAUUUGUAAUACUUGAUCAUUUUAUAUUGGCUAUGUUAGGGAUGUGUAUUUGGAUACCUACUGUUCGGUUAAAAUAUAUUUGGGUUUGAGAUU